AUGGUUCACAGUGAAAGGAGUCAAUCCUUCCAUAGAAUUAGCCUAACACUCCUCUCCCUCCUCCUACCUCUAUCCUUUCUUCUCCUAUCCAGGCUCACCUCUUCUCCUCCUCCUUGCAAAAUUAUAUCUAUAAUUCUCUACAUCCUUGUCUUUGCUCUAUCCUUUACCUGCCUUAUAUUCUCUAUCACAGGUCACUCACUCACCACCAAAGCACCCAGAAGUAUAGCUUGGGUCAUCCUCAUCCUCUUCCAAGGCUGCAUUUCCUGGGCUAUUAAGGCUACAGCCACAGCUACAUUCGAACCGAUCGGCGACGACAACAUCGGACUUGUGAUAUGGACUAAGAGGACAUUCAUCUUCAUUGGGAUCUACGAGAUAAUGAUGCUGUGGAGAAGGGUGAUUGUGAAGCCGGUUGUCGACGACACGGUCUAUGGUGAGGAGAGAAAAGAGAAAGGAGUUGAGAAGACUAUGAUGGGAAUAGCUUUCAUUGUGCUGUGGCUGUGGAUGCUGGGAAUGAAAGUGGAACCACUGGUUUUUGUAGCUGGAAAUGAAAGUUUGGGGAAGGGGGUACAGUGGAGUGGGUUUGCACUGUGGCUUUUGGGGCUUACUGUUCUUAUGACAGGUAGUUUGAGGGUUGUGGGAGUUCUGGUUUGGUCAAUAAUGGCAGCCCUAGUCAAGAUAAUGCAGUGGAGAGAGCAGCUGGAUGAAGAUUGUAUUGAUGAUGAAGUGUACAAAAAUAAGAGUAGCAAUGUCUAAGUCCUAUUUGUUUCAGGUAAAAAUCCAAAAUCGUCUCCCAACUAUUUGUAUGUGGUCAAUUUAAUUCCCAAGUAUCAUAUUUCUCUAAUUUAAUCUCUUGACUAAAUAAAAAUGAUCUCAUGGUCCCUCAAAGACUAAAUUGUGAUCAAUUUUGUACAUAGAUAGAAGAAAUUAGAGAAAUGGGAACAAACAUAGAGUUAGGGGGUUAUUUUGAGUUUUUACUCUUUUUAUUGUUCAAAAUUUCAUCAUGAGG